AUGUCUAGGAUAGAAGCUGCAGUUUUGGAAGUCUCACAACAAUUACUUCCCAAGUUUACCCAGUUGGGAAACAGAGUCCAAUCUUUGAUAAAUGUGCCUUUGGAAAAAGACACUUUUGAUGAAAAGGACCUGACUUUUCAGUGGACAUCAUUGAUCGAUAACGAUAUUUCAUCUGAGAACUUUGAUUCUACAGUCGAUUUGAUCUGUAAGAAAAUUAUUCAGGACAGUUUGGUAUUUUCAUUCGAUGAAGCUAGCAAUGAAAGCGAAUCAUAUAGAAUCAAAACUAAUCUAUGUGCAGUUGUUUUAGAUUUUAUCUUUCACUCUAGAGCAAAUAGGAAAAACCAAUCCAAUUGGGGUACAUCAUUUUUCGAUAUUUUUGCCACAGUUAUAGAACUGCUGAGUCUGCCUCAGGGUAUACUGGCAUUCUGGCCAUAUGCGGAAUCCCGUAUUAAUUGGUUCAAAAUGUCAAAUACGGAUGAAAGUACUUAUUCAGGAAUCUCGACUUUAGUGAGCUAUAAAAACCCUCUUUCUGAGAAGCUUCGCCAUUGGAAUUCUGUAUUGGAAAUAUUGGAAAAUAAUUCCAAAAUAAACAGUCCAGAACACUUUGAGGUUAAAUAUAAACUACAAAAGUUUCUCUCAGACUUAUUACCCUUACACGAAGAAUCCAAUUUCAAUAGAUCAUCAUCUAUUUCUCGUAAACAACUACCGGAUAGUCCUUGGAACAAGGCUCGAUCCAAUACUAGGCCUACAAGUAACCAUGAAAUUUUUACCGAUGAUUAUCUGUAUGCUAUUGAAAAAUUCAUAACAGAUCCAAUUGAAUUCUCUUUCAGAUCAUUCACAACAAUCAGGAAUGUCAACGAAACUUUAAAUCCUCUAAUUGAUGCCAUAUUAGAACACGAGGAAGACUUUUAUAAAAUAGGUAAGCACAAUACAAAAACAGUGGCAAACCUGAAUUCAAAGCUUAACGAUAACUACGAGGCCGAUUUUCAGGUUGCAAAUGUAUCAGAACCAUCCUAUAUGUCUCAAUCUAGAGUAAUUCAAGAAAAGAAGAAGGAAGUGUGGGGUGAAAUAACAGCAUUCUUUCAACAAAAAAGGUCAAUCCCAAGACCCACUAUAAUAGAUCUAGCUGUCGGAAACGCAGAAUCUCUCUACAAGCAAAUAGUUCAUACAGAAAACGAUAUUUACAGAAAAGAGAUAAUUCUGCAAAUAUGUUUUGUGGCGGCUUUUAUUGAAAAGCUGAUAAAUUCAGAAGAAAUAGAGAAUUUUUUCAAGACUUGCUAUCAAAAGGAUAAUAACAAAAAUUCACUGCGUUUCGAUGAAAUUGAUGAGACCAAUAAAACAAAAAUACUUUCUACAUGCAAACAUUUAUGUGAAAACAGAAUACUGAACUUUUAUGCUACGAGGGAUCCUACCUUCCAUAGUAUCAUAAAAAAGUUACUAGAAAGUGAUGAUAGGUUUUUACUUGCAAAAAUUGAUGGCUUCAAGUCGUUUGCUGCAUUCAAAUUUGCGGAAGAAGAUCACAAUGUACCUGAAAUCGAUAAAAGCUUCAAGAAAUUUGGAUUCAUAAAGCUUGGAAAUAAGCAGAUCAAUAAUGUAUGGAAAAUUAAUUCUGGUUUAGAGACAAUAUCUGAGCCAAGCACCAACCCUGGAGCUUUAUACGAAAGACUCAGGUCAAAUUGGGAAAUGAAAGAGCCCACUUCAGAAGAGGAAAAAGAUAGGAUUGUAAGAGAAUGGCAAACAUUACGUUCUUUAAGGUCCCAAUUUCUCUUUGAGUUCAAAAAGUUCAAUGAAGUAACGGGUACAAAGGGAUUCUUUGAUGACUCUGCAACUGAAACAUCGAUGGCGGAGAAGGAAAAGACUAGAAAGCUCUUACAUGCCAUGCUACAUGAAGAACAUGAGGCAAAUUUAAGAAAAGCAAGAGAAUAUAUAAAGGAAAGAGAACAAAAUAAAAAGAGACGAAAUGAAGAAAUGGAAAAUAGUAAUGAUAUACAAGAAGCAGUCGGCGCAAAAAAAAUGAAAAGUGAGAAAGACCUCGCAUUUGAGGGGGGACAAGAAAGUGCCAUUAGUGGAGAAGAGAUCGCAGAAAGUGGUGUUCUAGAAGUCUCUUCCACAGAGCAAACUUUUGAUGAUAUGACUGAAGAUAAGCAACAGGAAGAGCUGUCUUCAAGAGAAGGUUCUGUUGCUCAAAGUGAACAAUUGUAA